AAUUCUGGGACCUAAACAGGGCAUCCCAGCGUUAGCAGCAGCAAGGCUGCAGAGGUGGGCACUAAUUUUAAGUGCAUAUGAGUACAACCUGGAGUAUAUGGCUGGAGAGGAGAAUAAGGAAGCAGAUAUGCUGUCCCGACUGCCAAUGGAAGUGAAUGUCAUAGACCCUAACCAGGAAUUGUACCAUGUGGAUUGCUGUGAAAAUCUACCUGUAACAGCAGAAGGAGCACAAGAGACUAAAGCAGAUCCAAUUUUGAGACGGGCAUACCAGUAUACAUUGUCUGGAUGGAACUGGAAAAGUCACAUGGAUCCAAGGUUACAACCCUACUCACGACGGUCAGAUGAACUUAGCGUUGAAGAGAACUGUUUACUUUGGGGAACACGUGUGAUAAUACCGCAAAAAUUACAGUCAAGAGUUCUAGCAGAUCUUCAUGAAAAUCACCUGGGUUCAAAUCGAAUGAAAGCAUUAGCUAGAUCAUAUAUCUGGUGGCCGAGUUUGGACAUGACGUUGGAAGAAUUGUGCAAGAAAUGUGAAAUUUGCCAAAGUCAGAGGAAUAAACCGCCUGCUGGUAUUCCUCAUCCAUGGAUGUAUCCCACAGCACCUUGGGAGAGAGUUCACGCGGAUUUCGCAGAGUUUGAAGGUCAACAUUAUCUUAUUAUGAUUGACGCUUUUUCGAAAUGGUUGGAAGUGCAUGAAAUGGGCACUAGUACAACGGCUAGUAGGACAAUAGAGGUGAUGAGGCGAGUUUUUAGUUUUCAUGGCAUUCCAGGACGAUUGGUGACAGAUAAUGGUCCACAAUUCAGGUCAGUAGAAUUUCAGGAGUUCAUGAAAGGAAAUGGUGUCAAACACCAACUCACCCCUCCGUAUCACCCAUCGAGCAAUGGACAAGCAGAACGAGCAGUUCAAAUCUUCAAGAGAUCUAUGGAGGCACGACCUAGAGGACGCACUAUUCGACAUCAAAUAUCUAUAUUACUGCUGCAGUAUAGUUCGACUCCAAAUACCUCAACAGGAAAAACGCCAUCCGAAUUGCUAAUGAAGAGAGUCUUACGAACAAGACUAAGUCUUGUUAAACCUACAGUUGGAGGAGAGAUUCGAGACAGACAGGAGAGCCAAACAGAAGCUGCAUCCAGACAUCGUGAGAUGUUACCUGGAGAAUCAGUGGCAGUAUGGAACCCAAGACAAGAUAGUCGGGGACGGUGGCUCUCUGGAACAGUAGUCCAGAAACUGGGACCGAGCAACUACCUUGUAAAUGUGAAUGGUCAGGCUAAGUAUGUUCAUGUAGACCAUAUAUUACAUCGUGAUAUCAGAAGUUUUCCACAUGAUGUACAUCAGGAGCAAACUUCCAAUACUCAUGAUAGUACAGCGACUAUGAUUCCACCACAAGCUGGAAAUUAUUCCGAAGUGAAUGCUGAGAAGACAAUCUCAUCAACGGACUCUACCGGGGAAGACUCAGUACCAACUACUCCUAGCCACCCGGAAUUAACAGAGACAUAG